UAAUUACUUACUUACACACCUAAAAUCACAAUGGAGUCAGCUCAAUGAUUUACCUAAGCAGAAAGAAAAGUUAAUUAGACUCCUCUAGAUUGACACCUAUAUUAUCUUUUAUUACUAUUUAUAGAUCAUGGUACAUAAUUAUUAACAAUAACCGAUAAGAGGAUGACUUAAAAAAGUGAAAAUGACAAUGCCCUUUUCAUUAGUCAUGUAAAACCACUAAUACUUUUGAGUGAAUACGUCAGUUUUACAUCUGUACAGCACUUAAAAGUUGUGUAUGGAGGAUCGACAAUUCUUGGUCCAAGAAAAAACGAAAGAAAAUAAACUAAACAAAUUAAAUUUAAAAUAUAUGUUAUAAAUAAAAGACAACAAAUCAUUUGGGAUUCGUUUAUUAGAUCUUUGGGUUAUAUUAAACCAAUAUCUAAAGAAUUGUGGUUUAUGAGUAGUGAAUGAGGAUUAAAGAGAUAAAAAUGAUAUAUAAUAUUGAAAAUUUUAAAUCCAUACAUGCCAAGAUUUCUGCAUAAUCUUUUGGGCAAAAGAGCAAUAUAUCCUCAGUCAAAUAGCACCAAAAACUCCAAAUGUGCAAUUUAUCCUUUGAACUCUUGAAUUCAUAUCAAUUUCUUGUAAUGUUAAGUAGAAAAUAAAAAAUAACUAUUCUAUGGUGAUGGUGAGCCCACUGAUUUGUCCGCCUGUCUAGACUAUUAGAAAGUAAUCGUUGUUAUUUUAAAGAGGGUGUUAUGAAUUCAAAAAUUAAAAAAAUAAAUUAUAUAAUAAAUGAGUUUAAAAUUUCUAAUGUUACUCCCCUUAUAAUUUAUCAGGUAAGUUGUUCUUUCAACUUUUUUUUUCCCCCAAAAACUUAUAAUAUUAUAGGAUAUAGGAUAUCGUUUGGGAGAUCCAUUAGUCAAACUCGAAAUUUUCCAUUAAAAAAAAAAGAUGGAAAAUCUAAAACGCAGAAAAAGAACCGUCGACUCGUCGUUUUGGCCUGAACGUCGAGCGGCCCGAGACAGCUAAUAUGGGAUAUUUGCAGCAGCGCAUACGGCGGAGCGUGAAAUGGCCGCUAUCGUUCUAUCUCUGAACUGUCUUGCGUCCAUCCCUUCCACCCCAAUUUCCCCCCAAUUCCCUAGCUCUAAUUUCAGUUCCCUCAAGAACAAGACCGAUCAACGGCACACUUAUAGGAUUUCGAUAUCGUUAAAAUCCCUAAAUCAUUCCAGCCCUGUGGUUCAUGGACUGGAGAAAGAUUCAAACCCAGAAACUACCCAAGAUAGCGAGGCGAACAAUUUAGGAGUUACAGCUGCGCUAUCAAUGCUGAGAUUCUACAAAAGGGAAAUUUCACCAAUCUUGCCAAAGAGCUGUCGAUAUGUUCCAACUUGCAGUGAGUAUUCCAUGGAAGCUUAUAAGAAAUAUGGAGUUGUGAAGGGUACAGCCUUGACAGCAUGGCGUAUAUGUCGUUGCAAUCCCCUUGGUGGGUCUGGUUAUGAUCCUCCGAGAUGGUUUGAUGAGACUAAACCACUUGAAGAUUUCGAUGAUUGAUCUCAGGUUGGUAGCAUGUAAGGAUCUUUUAUAGUUUUUAACUAUAAAUUUUUUUGGGGGUAAAAUUUGAAUUGUGACACAGCAAUAUUAUGUAUGUAAUCCUUCCUGACAAUCUUUUUUUUUUUUUUGAACUUUUACAAAAGCCUUACAACCAAAAAGGGAAGAGAGGAUCCAUACUCGAUUAACAAUAAAUUGAUCUUGUUUAUACGGUGGUUAUUGCUUAUCUUAAUGACUAUUACCUACUUAUUAUCGGUAAGUUUUGGACAGCUUCAUGUGAAAUUAUAGUUUUCUUUCUUUC